AGUAGCCACCUACUUCCAUCCUAUCCAGACUUUCCACUCUUCUCUAAAAAUGGCCUCCAAAUCACAGAUGAUCAUCUGCUCUCUUCUUCUGGCGCUCCUUUUCUUUGGUGACUCUGCUCGUGUUCUGCUGGAAGAAUCACCAAAGGAAGAGCAGCCAUCACUGCCAAAGCUAGAAUUUCCUCCAUUGCCGAAACUAGAUUUCCCUCCUCUGCCAGAAAUCCCUCAUGAGUUACCCAAACCAGAGCUACCUCCAUUGCCGGAGUUUCCGCAUGACUUACCCAAGCCUGAAAUCCCGCACUUGCCAGAGAUCCCUCAUGAGCUCCCCAAACCAGAGUUACCUCCUUUGCCGGACAUACCACAUGAUUUGCCCAAGCCGGCAUUGCCGGAGAUUCCUCACCUGCAGCCGGAAGAGCCCCACCAUCCUUGAUGUGCUCUAUGUGUUACUGUCGUUUGAACUUUAAAGUCGUCGUUUUUGUUUUUCAUCAUCAGAAUGUAUCUCUCUUUUUUUUUUUUUUUUUUUUUUUUUUUGAUUUUUGUAAGUGAUUACUGUGUGUGUUAUUUACGUGUUUAUAUACAUUUUGGAUUUAUUGUGUGCAUUAAUUUCUUAAUGAUAUCUUCUUAUUUCUCUUAUAUAUUUUA